AUGCAUAGGAUUCUUGCAUUACAUUCCUUCUCUUCCUCAACUCUUCGUCCUCCAGCCCACCACACCACAAUGCCUCUCAGAGCCUCCCCGCCUGCCCCACCACACUGCCUCACAGAGCCUCCCCGCCUGCCCCACCACACUGCCUCACAGAGCCAACCCCGCCUGCCCACCACACUGCCUCACAGAGCCUCCCCGCCUGCCCACCACACUGCCUCACAGAGCCUCCCCGCCUGCCCACCACACUGCCUCACAGAGCCUCCCCGCCUGCCCCACCACACUGCCUCACAGAGCCUCCCCGCCUGCCCCACCAUACUGCCUCACAGAGCCUCCCCGCCUGCCCCACCAUACUGCCUCACAGAGCCUCCCCGCCUGCCCCACCACACUGCCUCACAGAGCCUCCCCGCCUGCCCACCACACUGCCUCACAGAGCCUCCCCGCCUGCCCACCACACUGCCUCACAGAGCCUCCGCGCCUGCCCCACCACACUGCCUCACAGAGCCUCCCCGCCUGCCCACCACACUGCCUCACAGAGCCUCCCCGCCUGCCCACCACACUGCCUCACAGAGCCUCCCCGCCUGCCCACCACACUGCCUCACAGAGCCUCCCCGCCUGCCCACCACACUGCCUCACAGAGCCUCCCCGCCUGCCCCACCAUAG